AUGGAUCUAUCGCCGCCAUCUAAGCCCUCUUUAAAACAGGCAUGUGACAAUUGUCGCCGGCGUAAAAUCAAAUGCUCGCGCGAGCUGCCCUGCGACAAAUGCCAGCGACUCCUGCUCUCCUGCUCCUAUAGCGAUGUGCUGCGCCGGAAAGGCCCCAAGUUUCGAACUCUCUAUCCCCUGGCUCCCAUACAUCCGCUGUCGUCCCGAACCGAUGCGCCGUCAGAACAAUUGUACGACAAGGAUGCUUUUGCCGACCAAUCCUACCGCUUGAGCUCGCUAACCUCCCCAGCCUUUGCGGUCCCGGAUGCCUUGUAUGUAUCCCAUGAUAUCUCCGACACCCUCUCGCAACUGCCACCGCCAGAGCUGGUCUCCUCGCCGGACUCGACCGAUUCCACUGUAGAAUCGGCCAGUGGGCAGAGCCAAGACUUUCUCAAUGCACGACGUCUAUCCCCUCAGAUUCUCUUGGCCCAUGUCAACGUCUAUCUGAAGUACUUGUUUCCUAUCAUGCCCGUCGUGCGGGGGGAACAACUGCGGCUGGACAGUCAACAACCGGAACAACUCCCUCCUCAGCGAUAUGCGUUUCUAGCGUCCCUUUGCGCAGCCACACACAUACAACUCAAGCUUGACGGGGCCAACCCGGUACCAGACCCGGCCCGACUCCAAAGUCUAGGCGGGGGUCAUUCCCUGGUCUCGGGGGAGAGACUGCUCUCGGAAGCAGUGCGGGCGCGGAAAGAAUGUGAUAUUGUGGAAGACAUCAGUAUCGAGAACCUCUUGACUUCAUUCUUCUUGUUUGCGUCGUAUGGUAAUCUCGACAAACAAAGCCAUGCUUGGUUCUACCUGUGCCAGGCUACAUCAAUGGCAUUCACCCUGGGUCUGCAUCGCGAGUCAAGUUACACAGAGCUCUCGGUGGAGGAAGCCGAAGAGAGGCGUCGGGUCUUUUGGCUGUUGUUUAUUACAGAGAGAGGCUAUGCGUUGCAGCAAUCUAAACCAGUGAUGCUCCGUAGUUCCAUUCACAAACCACAGGUCCUCUGUUCCGAGGACCCCAUCUUGGCAUAUGGUUUCAUAAACUUGAUCAAUAUUUUUGAGAAACUCACCGCAAACCUCUACGACUGGGUCUCUGCAGGGGGCGGGGACGGACUCUUGAAGCGUCCACCUACAGCGGCCAUCCAGUCCAGUCUUUCCAAACCAAUCUCCCUAGAAGGAGUCCUGGAGAUCCAACAAGUUGAUAUUCUAAUUACCCAGCAAUGGCUACAGGCUAUGAUGUGGAAGCUGUCCAUGAGCCAUGCCACGCAACCCGGGGCCCGCGAUGACGGCGUAUUACCGUUCCACCUCCCGGUCUUGGUCGGCAAGGCCGUGAUGAGUGUGAUCGGAUCAGCCUCGCAGGGAGCGGUGGAUGCUCAUGGAAUUGGAAUGGAACAAAAACUGUUCGACAUGGGCUCAUCUGUUGCCGACGUAACCCGGUCGCUUGGAUCCAAGGCUGUCCACCGGCUUUCCGAAUCCACUAUUGAUCCCCGUGAGCUCCUUUGGGGCAUUCUACACACUCUAUCGCAGAUUCGUGGCUCGCCUUCGUACCUGUUCCCAGCGCUAUUGGAACGUUGCAAGACUAUGCUGGGUCUAGACUGCACCAUCACGAUUGGCAACUUCUUACCUGAUUUAGCUACCACCACGCCCGACCAGUUGAGUUCCUGGGCUGGUCAGCAUGGUUGGGACCUGCUCACUGCUGGCCAAGACUCGCAUGAGAUUCAAAGAGUAGCGGGUGAUCAGCCCGAGCAAGUUCCUCCCCACUUGUCAGCUGUUUCUCAAGGCGGUGACCUCGGCUUCCAGGAUUGCCUUCUCUCUUGA